UUCGUCAGUGUUUGGUGUGGGAGUUAAGGCUCUCGAGGUGUUCGAAUUGUGUUUUAGUCCAAAUUUAGCUCGGGAUCACAGAUACUAAUAUCUGGUGUGGGAAACCUGAUUGUUGGGACUCUUCAUAGAUUCUGUCCGCGCAACAGAAGCUUUUCAGUCUCAAAUACUAGCGAAGAAAUGAGCGUGGAGGCGUACGGGCCGAGCUCACAGACUCUAACCUUCCUGGACACCGAGGAAGCGGAGUUGCUUGGAGCCGAUACCCAGGGUUCGGAGUUCGAGUUCACCGACUUCACUCUUCCCAGCCAGACGCAAACGCAAGGCCAAACCCAGAGUCAGCUGGACAACCAGGUAAAUGGGCCCGAUGGAGUUUUGCAGAAUGGAGGCGUUGAUGAUGCUGUUGCAAAAACUAGCCAACUCUUGGCUGAGCUGAAUUUUGAGGAAGAUGAAGAGGACACCUAUUACACCAAAGACCUCCCAGUGCAUGCCUGCAGCUACUGUGGCAUCCAUGAUCCAGCAUGCGUUGUCUACUGCAACACCAGUAAGAAGUGGUUCUGCAAUGGACGUGGCAAUACCUCUGGAAGCCACAUUGUGAAUCACUUGGUGAGAGCCAAAUGCAAAGAAGUGACUCUCCACAAAGAUGGUCCUCUGGGGGAGACGGUGCUGGAGUGCUACAACUGUGGAUGUCGCAAUGUCUUCCUCCUGGGCUUCAUCCCAGCCAAGGCUGACUCUGUGGUUGUGCUUCUGUGCAGACAGCCAUGUGCCAGUCAGAGCAGCCUGAAGGACAUCAACUGGGACAGUUCUCAGUGGCAGCCACUGAUCCAGGACCGCUGCUUCCUGUCCUGGCUGGUGAAGAUCCCCUCAGAGCAGGAGCAGCUGAGAGCUCGGCAGAUCACUGCGCAACAGAUCAACAAGCUGGAGGAGCUCUGGAAGGAAAACCCCACGGCAACCCUGGAGGACCUGGAGAAGCCCGGCGUGGAUGAGGAGCCUCAGCACGUGUUGCUGCGCUAUGAGGACGCUUAUCAAUACCAGAAUAUCUUUGGUCCGCUCGUUAAGCUUGAGGCUGACUACGACAAAAAGCUAAAAGAGUCCCAGACCCAAGAUAAUAUAACGGUCAGGUGGGACCUGGGGCUGAAUAAAAAGCGGAUUGCUUAUUUCACACUUCCCAAGACGGAUUCAGGUGACAUGCGUCUGAUGCAGGGGGAUGAAAUCUGCCUGAGGUACAAAGGAGACUUGGCCCCGCUCUGGAAGGGGAUUGGUCACGUCAUCAAGGUCCCGGAUAACUAUGGGGAUGAGAUUGCGAUUGAGCUGAGAAGCAGUGUUGGUGCCCCUGUGGAAGUGCCGCACAACUUUCAGGUCGAUUUCGUCUGGAAAUCCACCUCCUUUGACCGAAUGCAAAGUGCCCUGAAGACUUUUGCGGUGGAUGAGACGUCUGUGUCCGGGUACAUCUACCACAAACUCCUGGGGCAUGAGGUUGAGGAUGUCAUCAUUAAGUGUCAGCUUCCCAAGCGUUUCACUGCGCAAGGGCUUCCUGACCUCAAUCACUCCCAGGUGUAUGCUGUGAAGACUGUGCUUCAGCGACCCCUCAGUCUCAUCCAGGGUCCCCCGGGCACUGGGAAGACUGUCACCUCUGCCACCAUUGUGUACCACCUGGCCAGACAGGGCAACGGCCCUGUGCUGGUGUGUGCUCCCAGCAAUAUCGCAGUAGACCAGCUGACAGAGAAGAUCCACCAGACGGGACUGAAGGUGGUGAGGCUCUGCGCCAAGAGCAGGGAGGCCAUUGACUCCCCCGUGUCCUUCCUGGCCUUGCACAACCAGAUCCGCAACAUGGACAGCAUGCCGGAGCUUCAGAAGCUGCAGCAGCUGAAAGAUGAGACCGGGGAGCUGUCAUCUGCAGAUGAGAAGCGCUACCGUGCUCUGAAGCGCACCGCUGAGAGGGAGCUGCUCAUGAAUGCAGACGUCAUCUGCUGCACCUGUGUGGGAGCGGGAGACCCUCGUCUGGCCAAGAUGCAGUUCCGUUCCAUCCUGAUUGACGAGAGCACCCAGGCUACAGAGCCAGAGUGCAUGGUGCCCGUCGUGCUCGGAGCAAAACAGCUCAUCCUUGUGGGAGACCAUUGUCAGCUGGGCCCAGUGGUAAUGUGUAAGAAAGCUGCGAAAGCUGGCCUCUCCCAGUCCCUGUUUGAGCGUCUGGUGGUGCUGGGGAUCCGACCAAUCCGCUUGCAGGUGCAGUACCGCAUGCACCCAGCCCUCAGCGCUUUCCCCUCCAACAUCUUUUACGAAGGUUCUCUGCAGAACGGAGUCACCGCUGCUGAUCGCAUCAAGAAAGGAUUUGACUUCCAGUGGCCACAGCCAGACAAGCCCAUGUUCUUCUAUGUGACUCAAGGACAGGAGGAGAUUGCCAGCUCAGGAACUUCCUAUCUCAACAGAACUGAGGCUGCCAAUGUGGAGAAGAUCACCACCAAGCUGCUGAAGGCUGGAGCCAAGCCUGACCAGAUCGGCAUCAUCACCCCCUAUGAGGGCCAGCGCUCUUAUCUGGUGCAGUACAUGCAGUUCAGUGGGUCCCUGCACACCAAACUCUACCAGGAGGUUGAGAUUGCCAGCGUUGACGCCUUCCAAGGCAGAGAGAAAGAUUUUAUUAUUUUGUCCUGUGUCCGAGCCAAUGAACACCAGGGCAUUGGAUUCCUCAAUGAUCCACGACGUCUCAAUGUGGCUCUUACAAGAGCCAGGUACGGGGUGAUCAUUGUGGGGAAUCCGAAGGCCCUGUCCAAGCAGCCCCUGUGGAACCACUUGCUGAACUAUUACAAAGAACAGAAGGUGCUGGUGGAGGGGCCACUCAACAACCUGCGUGAGAGCCUCAUGCAGUUCAGCAAGCCCCGCAAGCUGGUGAACACCAUCAACCCUGGUGCCCGUUUCAUGAGCACGGCCAUGUAUGAUGCUCGAGAGGCUCUGAUCCCCGGGUCUGUGUAUGACCGCAGCAGCACAGGGCGUCCAUCAAACAUGUACUUUCAGACCCAUGACCAGAUUGGCAUGAUUGGGGCUGGCCCCAGCCACGUGGCUGCCAUGAACAUCCCUAUUCCCUUCAACCUGGUCAUGCCCCCCAUGCCCCCACCAGGAUACCUGGGCCAGGCCAACGGUCCUGCAGCAGGCCGUGGUGCUCUGAAGGGGAAGGCAGGCCGCGGUGGGCGGCAGAGGAAUCGUGGCAUGGGUAACCAUGGCAGCGGGCAGGCCAACAUGCCCAACAGCCAGGCCAGCCAGGAUGUGGUCUCUCAGCCCUUCUCCCAGGGGCCUCUAACCCAGGGCUACAUCUCCAUGAGCCAGCCAUCUCAGAUGAGCCAGCCUGGGCUGUCUCAGCCUGAACUGUCACAAGACAGCUAUCUGGGUGAUGAGUUCAAGUCCCAGAUUGAUGUGGCUCUGUCCCAGGACUCCACUUACCAGGGGGAACGUGCAUACCAACAUGGCGGCGUGACUGGACUGUCACAGUACUAGAGUGUAGUGGGAAGACGAGCUAGGCUUGAGUUGAGCUUAGUUCAUCCGCAUUUUAAUCUGGGAAAUAAUAAAAAACAAAAAAUGGAUACCUGUUUUCCACUGCUACAACUGAAGCACCACUGUGUGAAAGCAACAGGAGAGAGAAACCAACCAAUCACAAGAGAGAGAGAACGAGGGACAGCCAGGAAGAGAGAG